UUUGUUACUUUUCUGACUUCAUCGGCGCAAGAGCGUCUUCCGGUAAGGCAGCGUGCAGUCUGCUAGAGACACCUCAGCACUACGUAAUUUUUAUUUGCACAGGGGCUUGUAUUUUCCCAAGUGACACAAUGUUAACUGCUGCUUGUGCUCUGACACUGCUUCUGGCUGUAUCUGUCAACUCUCAUGGACCUCCAGGAGUGCCCCCUAGACAAGGGGGUGGUCCCCCUCCUGGUAUGCAAGGAGGACAGCAGCAACAGCCACAUCAACAGCAGUUUCACCAGCAACCAGAUGUUGCAGAAGGCCAUGCACAUGAAAGGGGAAAGAACUUCAAAUUUCAGUCAGAAAUACACAAUGCUGACCAUAUCCUAGAUCAUUUGCAAAAUGUCAUCAAGACUAAGCCAAAAGAACAGAUGACAGAGGAAGAGUUGGAGUUCCACUAUUUCAAAAUGCAUGAUUAUGACAACAACAACAAGCUGGAUGGUGUUGAGAUUGGCAAGGCUUUAACUCACUUCCAUGAUGAAGAGCAGCCAGCGACCGGCUCCCCUGGGGACGACCAUCAGGGCCAACAGCAAGAGCAGCCCCACCACAAGGUGUUCAGUGACGAAGAGAUCGCCAACAUCGUUGACACUGUCAUCACCGAUAACGACGAAAAUGGCGAUGGCUAUGUUGAGUACUUCGAGUUCAAGCGGAAGCAGGAGCAACAACGAAGCCAGUACCAGCAGGAACAGCGACAACACCAGCAACAACAGCAGCAACAUCACUAGCCGUAGAGUGGGAGUUGGGGGAGGGAGGGCCACCUCUAGAGAGCAGUGCUUGUCUGGCUUUACUAGUACCUUUUGGAAAAGCCGUGCGAUUCAUUUAUUUGUUUGUUUGUUUAUUUAUUUUCUAUUUUACAGUGCCUGGGCCGCACGACACUGCGCUGCAGAAUACGGUGGGGGUGACAUAUACUGACAUUCUGAAUUAUUUUUUAUUGAUCAUUGCGUUAAACUUGAAGUCUUUUGGAUGAAUUCAAAGUUAUCCGAAGUCAAUGCUACCAUUUUUUUAUUGUUAUGUAUAUUUGUCAGAUGUUUCUUUAAAAUUUACUUGGAAAGGGUGGUAAUAGAUGUUGACAUUGGUGGGUCGCUUUGUCGGACCAGUUAAGGGGUCUGCCUUUCUAGCGUCACUAAACCAGUAAUCUUCAUGGCCAUUCACUGGGACUUUUAAAAAAAACUUUCAUUCUUAAUUUGUGUCGAAAUAGGGUCCUCACGAGGUCGCAGUAAAAUCAGCGGCUUCUUGUCCAGUCGUUUGAUGCAACUGAUGCACAGUAUCGGCUCACUGGUCAUGUUGACCUUUCCGUAUCCUCUGACAGGUGACAUUCCUUAUGCUGCUGUACCACAUAGAAAAUCAAAAUGUGAAGUCUUUCUGCAAGUCUUUUUCUUGUGCUUGAAAUAUGAUACUCGUGUUUGGUUGAAAAAAAGAUAUUCUAUAACGGAUAUUAUUGUCGUAGCAGUUAGGAAGAGUCAACGGUGCUUUUUCUGCAAACAGGUAAUCUACAGGGUCAGAGCCCAGUAUUCUAUCCCACUGCUGUCAUCAUUGUUUCCUUAUAUGCACAGACUACAGAAAUUAGAUGAAGCGCUGUACUGUGCUCAGGGACAUGAUCACAAAUGCAGAUAUCGUUGUCUGCAAGUCUAGCAGCUCCAAAAUGACCCCCACCCCAACACUCUAUAAAGAAAGGGAAAAUGUCAUAGGUUCGGCACACCCCCUUCCCUCCUCACCCCGCACCACAGGUUCACAAAUAGUCUCUCUAUCUUUUUCACAUUCACGAAUGACAGUGUAGUUAGGCAGUGUAUCUCGGUGUUUGUUUGGUAAAUGAUGAGCGAGUAUGACCAUUUGAUAUAUAUAUAUUGAUGGUAUUGUUUAGUCCCUUUUUCCGACCGCCCACUGAUGAAAACUGGCAGACGAUAACUGAAGUAUUAGGUAGUAGUCGUAGACCUGUAACGCUUGCAGGUUAUCUUACAACAUUGAGUCCAUUAAUAAGUGUACAUGUACACACUGAAGAACAGUUGCAAGUAGCUUAGUAGUAGCACCAUUUUAUCGGACCAUCGAUAAAAUUGUACAAUCAUGGGUCGGGGGCGGUUGUCACCAGUCCUCUUAAACCCAAGUCGAUGGGCCCGCUCAAUGUCCUCGGCACACCAUAAUUUUACAUCACACAGUUCGUUCAGGAGACUAAUCACUUUUGAGCUGCACUCUGUAUAGUUCUCACUAGUACUUUCUUGUAUGCCGAACAGCCUAAUAUUUUUUCGCCUGGACACAGCCUCGAGCUUGUCCAUUUCCGUUAUGAUUUCAUCCAUUUUUUCUUUUAAUAGUUCAUUUUCCUCUGCUAAUUUGUUGAUUCGUCUCUCAUUUCCAAGUACCUUUUCUUUGACUGAAUCAAUACCUUGUUGAAGCCUGGAAAUGUUUUGUAUCAAGGAUUGGUAGGAAGUCUGAAUUUGUUGCGAAAUCUGUUGAGUAACUGAAUCCUCAAUACCACGCAGCUGAGUGUGUAUGGUGCCAACAAAAGUGGUCUGAGACUGCUCCAUGCGGGAAAGAGAAGUAGAUAGAGCGGCAAGAGUGGACGAUAUGCUUUGGAUAGUUGGUUUGUUCUGACACAAGUCCGGUCUGGGUGUGGUGUUCGUUAGCACUUGCACUUGCAACCAGGUGUUGCGAGACAGGUAUGUCCGGUAUCGAGGUGUCAGUAGAGCCACCAUUACUCGUUAUGUGGUCCGUUGUAUGAGAAGCAUGAAUAAUCUCGCCGUUAAGAGGUCCAGGAUUUAGUUCCACAUCUCCAGCACACAUGAGAAGACUUGAAAUGAUAACAGCUAGCAAUACACACUGUGUUUUCCUUGCUCUCACCUUGCCAAGUAUGAUUGCAGCAGUUUUCGCCCUUCGCCACAUGAAGUAAGCAAAUCGCCAUAAAAAAAGGCCACAACUCACACGGAAAGUUGUAAUUUCCAACGGCAUUUCCACAGGAUAUAUAACACACAAUUCAGUUUACACUUUUGGUCCAGAUGAUAUAGAUAAACUAAACUUAAUAGGUUUUCUCAAGGUUUCAUCGAGAGCACUCAAAAACGCGUGUAACCUCGAGUGUGAGCUGUACUCACAUAUCGUUAUCUAGAAAAUGUACAUUACACACGUAAGACCUGUAUGACAUGUGCAUUGCAUGAGGUAUAGGGAUGAUUGUUACUAUUUUUGAUGUUGAUGUGGGCCAGAUGGCCUCCUAAAAACUGAACGAAUAAAUAAAAAAAAUAUAUAUAUAAAUAUAAAAGUUGCAAGUAGCCGAGUCGUCUGUAAAUUCACUGUUAAAAGUACAUCACUAACAGUAUUUGAGUCAACUUCGAGACAUCCACAUUUGUAUUGAAAGAACGUAUGAGGAUAGGUUGGUGCUCAUUUAUAUUACAACCAGUGCGGUUAAACACGCGAAUUCAAAACUGUGUCACAGUCUCUUUGUCGUAGCUGAAGUCUAAAGUCCCUUUUAAGAAAAAGUGUAUGUGUUUGUAUUUACUGAAGUAGUGCUUUUUAAUCCUUUAGAACUUACCUGCCCCUGUACACUCUACAUUUUUUAGCCUUCUGUUUUUAUUCUUGGUGUAAUAGUAUACACAUGUUAUAGACAUUCUGUUAACACGUAAGAUAGCGGGUGCUUAUUUCGGGUUUUGAUUUUAUUUCUUAGUGUUACUUGACGUGUGUUUCUGUUAUUUCUAAUAUGGAAUUUAAAUGGUAUGAAUACGUGGUCGUAUAUGUGAUGUUGAAUUUGUAAAUGUUUGGGUUAGGGGAGUGACACAGGGGAGCCAUCUUGGUGACGGAAAAGUUAUUCAGCGUAUCUGUGGUGACCACUCUGAGGAACUCACUAUAAUUUUAUCAAUGUAAGUGCCAGCACUAGACGGGGACCACGAAUGGUGAGAGUGGAAAACUGACAAGCCUGUCGCUGUCUUACUACCUGGUCAGGUCUCAUGUAGGUAAAUGUGUAAGACCGCAGAAACAUCCAUUUAUAGAGUGUGAAUGCGCAGUUAUACAUCGAACUUUAGGAUUACACAUCUCGUGAACAGAAAACAAAGAAUUGAAAGAAAAAUGUCUGUACACCAGACUUUGUCUACUUUGUCUAAACGAAAACGGAAGUGGAUGAUCUUGUGUUUGGUUCACGUGACUGGAGUCGGCAGUCCAUCAGAAAUGAAGUUGGUGAAGCACACUGCGAGACGCGCAUGCGCACUUCACUCACAAGACUCCCAGGAUGUAGACGUUAGCUGAGAGUUCACUGCGCUUGGUCUCCUCCUCAUACACGCAGUAGGACUAGGGGGUGGGGAAAAAACUGCAUCCUACGCUUACAAAAUGUUUUUUUUAUAAAGUUGUCGACAUCGUGGUUAAAUACACAAUGUAUACGAGAAAGUGAGGCAGUGAAAAAUAGCAAACAAGCAUUACAAAAAAAAUCUUUCAUAUCUCUUGAAAAAACAAUGUCCCAUAACUAGGACCAUAGCAAGCGGAAGUUAACGAAAUCUAUUAUCAGAAAUCAUUUGACCGUAAGGCAUUCAAAAGACCUGUGAAUGUAAGCGUUAAGGAACUUUCUGUUUGUUUUUUAAUCUAAAAAGUUCAUAUUAGAAAAUCUUUUGAAUUUCCUACCAGGACGUUUAAUGAUCUCGAUAUAGCCCUCAAAAAUAAAGUCUCUUAAUUCAACAGUUGUGACGUACUCAAAUAUUAUUCAGUACUUGCUGGACAGCUGUGACGUGCUGUAAGCAGUGCAAUCAUCUCUUGCUAUAAGCAGAUGACAUUGUAAUGGUGUCAUAGUGUGGGCAAUAUUCAUGUGGUCCAAGUGAUUGCAAUGUUCGUGGUGCGAGGACAGUAGUGACGUAACGCACGAGGAUAACAGUUUAUAGCAAUCUAUUUGGGCUGGAGUUCAAAAAGUUCAUAUUCGAAAAUCCUUCCUGCUGUCCGUGUCUUACCUUGAUACAGGAAAUCCGUUUGGCAUACCCCUCCCCUUUAUUUAUGACGGGGGUGUGGGUGGGAGGAUUUGACCUAUGGUCUAUGCCGUCAGGGUUUGCGAGAAUGGGAAAUGGGAUAAAGGCGUUCAUUCUGUUCAACUUGUCUCUUGCUCCAGUUGAGAGAACUGUCCUGUGGCACUGCCAUGAGUCGCUUGUCACAGUGUUGUGUCGUGGAUCCAGAUUUCAUCUCCGGUACGAGGCACCCGUUGUAUGCUCGAGCCCUUGCUGCUGACAUCAGGCACAAACUUUAUCCUUCUGUCCUUUGUCCGCUGGCAGAACGUGAUGCACUGUUGCUUGUUGCUUCAUGAUAUGUCUUUAUCUAGUUUUAGUACAUUAGUCAAAAUAACUUACAACGCUUACAGGGAAGUGUUCCUCAAACAAAUGGUGCUGUUGUCAUGUUUAAGUGUUUGAGAUAGCUAAACAGAGAUUGGGGACGUUGAAGUCCGGAUCCGGGUACGGAUGUGGCACUAUAGACAGGUAUUCGUGUCCCUUUCAGUAUCUGUUUAACGUUUCCAUUUGUCUUACAUCUUUAUUUUGUGAAUUUUCUUUACGUCCCAAUUACUUACCAAAUCCACGGAGCUGUUGGCAUUUUUACACUUUCUAUCUGAUCUAGUUUCAUUCAAAUUAUUUCUCAUUGUUGUCGUUUUCUCCUCGGAGAUGACAGUGUAUUGUAUGUACGACAUGACUCACAGUGAGUAUAGAGAAAGUUCUAUUUCAGUUUGGAUUCUACUUAGUCUUAGAAUCAUCAAACAUGUUUGUGUACAAUGGCAGUGAAAAUGGUGCCAAUAGUAUAUGCAGAACGUAUUCUGUUAAAUAAAAGUCAAAUAUUUUUAAGGUGAUUGUCUCGGUCAUGUGAAGAUCUUCUGUUGCUGCGCUAAGAGUUUAUGGCGAAGUUUAUCGGUUGAGCAUUGUAACCGAUGACAGCCUCCCUCCACCCUUAUUUCCCACCCACCCCCGCCAAAAAAAGCGCUUUCUCGGUCGUUGCUUCCCUUCCUGACGCCCCUUUUCCUUCUUUCCUUUUGAAUGACAAAAAUCGUCUUCCUAUUCACUCGUCUUGUAAGUUCUACUUGUUAGUGGUCGAGGUAAGGUGACGACAACAACAACAACAGACAAACAGCAAAGCUUGUACUUCGAAUCAUUGCUUACCUUUUGUUGACCAUUCCUGUCUUGACAGCAAGUGCUUUUGCAUAAAGUUGUGAACUAGCUCAGUAGGCUUGAAACUGGUUGAUUGUUAGUGAUCCCUGUUGGUUGUACAAGGUUUAUUGCUUGGUUACAAUCAGAAUUUUACUUUAUUUACCUGUUAUGUGUUGUCUGGUUUUGCUAGGGAAUCAUUGUAUGGGUAUCUGGGGUUGAGAAUUGAAAAUAAACAUUCCGAUUGUUUUGUUCAGGACAAAA